ACUGAAGGAGGUUUCAGCAAGCCAGGGGCUAAUGCUCGAGUCCCUUUCCCCCGCCCUCCUCGCGCCCUCCGCGCCCCACGACGCCGCGACCUGCCCCGACAAGGCGCCGGCGGCGCGGCUGGCGGCACUCGCCGCCGCGGGGGCCGCGGGGGUGCCGUUCACAAGCGGCGUUCUGGUCGGGAUUGGGGAGUCGCGGCGGGAGCGGCUGGAGUCCUUAAUUGCGAUCCGGCGGGCGCAUGAAACAUACGGCCACGUCCAGGAGGUCAUCAUCCAAAACUUCCG